UUAAGUUAUUUGAGUAUUAACGUUGUUUUCACUGUCUGCUGCAAAACUUUGUUCGUGUACCUAAAAUUGUGUUGAUAAAGUUCAUUCAACAUUCACCUUCUGCUAGAAAAAUGGCGGCUGAUCAUACAGUUCACGGAGUUCCUUCACUAUCUGCCAAAGUGGUUGGGUCAUUUGCUUAUUUGACUGUAAAAGACAGAUUGCCGACCAUCCUGACUAAAGUUAUAGACACAAUACAUCGCAAUAAAAACAAGUUUUUUGAAGAAUUCGGAGAGGAAGGCAUUCAGGCAGAGAAGGCAGCAAUAUCUCUGUUGUCUAAGCUGAGGAAUGAGCUGCAAACGGACAAACCAGUAUUACCCCUGACUGAUGACCUGGAAGAUGUAGACUCCUGGAACCAGUAUUUGCAGAGGCAACAGAGACUGGAAGGGGACCAGGAGCUUGUGAGCUGGUUCAAGUCUCCAUGGCUUUAUGUGGAGUGCUACAUGUACCGCAGGAUACAGGAGGCCCUCAGACUCAAUCCUCCCAUCAGUGACUUUGAUGUCUUUAAUGAGGGAAAGACUCAGAGCUUUUUUGAGUCUCAGCAGGCUAUGAUCGUUUUGUGCACAUACUUGGAGGGCAUGAGAAAGAACAUAAAGGAGCUUUCUAAAAGCCAGCUGUCUGAACAUUUUAACAAACUGCUACAGGUGGCUCUCUGGGGGAACAAGUGUGAUUUGUCCAUCUCUGCUGGCCAAGACAACUCACAGAAGGUCAGUCCCAUCGAUUCCCUUGUGAGCCUAAAGCCCUUCAUCCUGGUGGAUCACUCAUCCAUGGUUUGGUCAACUCUUAUUUCCACCCAAAAUUCAGGAAGAACUGGGUCAGUCAGAGUUGACAUUGUUCUAGACAACGCAGGCUUUGAGUUAGUGACUGACUUGGUUCUGGCAGAUUUCUUGGUUUCCUCUGGCCUCGCUCAUGAGAUCCACUUUCAUGGCAAAUCAUUUCCAUGGUUUGUCUCUGAUGUCACAGCUAAAGAUUUUCAGUGGACCAUCCGGCAGAUGAUGGCAGCCAAUCACAUGUGGAUGUCCAGAAGUGGUGUCCAGUGGCAGAACUAUGUGAAGGAAGGUGUGUGGUCCUAUCAUGACCAUCCGUUCUGGACUCAGCCCCAUGAGUUCUGUGACAUGGCAGCUGAUGCUCCUGACCUGUAUGCAACCCUGCAGGCAGCCGAUCUUGUGCUGUUCAAAGGUGAUCUCAACUAUAGAAAGCUAACUGGGGAUAGAGACUGGAAGUACACAGUGGGCUUCCAUACUGCAUUGAGAGGCUUUAGACCAGCACCACUCUGCAGCCUGAGGACUCUAAAAGCCAAUGUCCAGGUAGGUCUGCAGCCAGGCCAAGGCGAGAAUCUCAGCUCUCAAGAAGUGGAUUGGAUGACCAGUGGCAAGUAUGCCAUCAUUCAGUUCAACAGCUCACUUGCAGAACAGUAAGGCGGACCUCUGGAUUUCACAGGGAAGGCAUCUAUAAGAACAUUACACUGUACUGUAACAUAUGCAGGAAUAUCUUUAAUAAUCGUUUAAGCCAUAAGACCAUUUAUUUGAGGUUCUUAAAUGUUGUCUUUGUUCCUCAUUGUUUUUAGCACAUCAUUAUGUUUGAUAAAGUAAUACACAAUAACAGAGGAAAGUAUUUUUCACCCAAGUAUUUAACAUCUUUAUGUACUACUUAAAAUUUUAGCACUCUCACACAGAAACAUUUUCCUGGGAUUGAACCACAGCAAGAUAACAUCCACAGUUUACAAAUGUAUCCAUGGAGACGACAUAACACAUUUUCGAUUGCAAAUAGUUUAUUAUAUGUGGUUGAUGCACUAUUGAGUCAUCAUGUUUACAUGUAUAUAGAGAUUGAGUUGAAAUUUAGCAGGAAUUUACAUAUUCACAUCUGAAACCUACCGCAGCAAUGCAUUUGCAUGCAGUUGAGGAAAGCGCUGAAUGUUGCAGUGAGGCAGUCAUUUUACGUCGACAGAAGGAAGAUGAUUAUAUAAGAAUCAUUCCCAGUCUGUCAGAUGGCACAGUGUAACAAUAACAGUCACAAUGUGUGCAUGUUUAGUUUUAUGAAAAACCCAGACUGCUGUAUAUCUUUAUAGGUAAAAGUGGACAUCUCUGCACGUUGUUGUCAUCUAAAUCACCACUGUCAGUGUCAAUACCUCAAAAAUAAUAGAAACUGGAUUCUUCACAAUGCUGUUGAGGAAAAUGAUAACACUUGGAAUCAUGGGUUUGAUCAAAAUAAAGGACUGCAAUGAUGA